AUGGAUUCUUCCAUAUUCUCCUGCAAUGUGAGCAGCUAUGACCACCCAACCUUCUUGCUGACAGGCUUCCCAGGCCUAGAGGCAUCUCAUCACUGGGUAUCCAUCCCCAUCAACCUCAUCUGCCUAAUCUCCAUAUUAGGCAACAGCACCAUUCUCUUCCUGAUCCGAACAGACCCCAGCCUUCAUGAGCCCAUGUUCAUUUUUCUGUCCAUGUUGGUGGCCUCUGACCUCGGUCUGUGUGCAUCUACCUUCCCAACCAUGGUGCAGCUCUUCUGGCUGGGUGCCCGUGAGCUUCCCAUUGACCUAUGUGCAGCCCAGAUGUUUUUCAUCCAUGCCUUCACCUAUGUGGAAUCAGGGGUGCUCCUGGCUAUGGCCUUUGACCGCUUUGUUGCCAUUAAAGAUCCCUUGCAUUAUGCUUCGGUACUCACCCACUCAACGAUGGCCAAAAUAGGGGCUGCGGUUCUUGUGAGAGCAGUUGUUCUCAAUGUCCCAGGACCCAUUUUGCUCAGGAGGCUUGAUUUCCCUCCUGUCAGUGUCCUCUCUCAUUGCUAUUGCCUACACUGUGACCUAGUAGGCCUAGCCUGUUCUGACACCAAGAUCAACAGCUUCUUUGGCCUGGUCUCCAUCCUGCUUUCCUUGGGGAUUGACUCUACUCUCAUCGUGGUUUCCUAUGUGCUAAUCCUCCGUACAGUGUUGGGCAUUGCAUCUCCAGAAGAGAGAUUUAAGGCCCUCAACACAUGUGUCUCACACCUCUGCAUUGUGCUUAUUUUCUAUAUGCCCAAGUUAGGAUUAUCCAUACUGCACCGUGUUGAGAAACAUACCUACCCUGCUCUAGCUGUGCUCAUGGCUAACUUACAUUUCCUAGUCCCACCCUUCAUGAACCCUAUUAUCUACUGCAUCAAGUCCAAACAGAUCCGACAGGGUCUCUUAAGACGCUUCUGGCAGAAAAGAGUUGAGACCUCCUAA